UUGCAUUCGGUUGUAUCAUUACGGUUAGUACAAGCGAGCGUAAUCACACGAUUAGGUUAUUUUAAGUCCGUUGACCAAAGCUUUACCAAACCGUGAAUGACACAGCGGUGGCGUAUUCUCAACCAACCUCACGGAUUCCCUGCGCAACAAGUUGACAAGCGGCCAGUGCUUCUUGUCUCGCCGCAUGUCUCUUUGCUUCAGAUUGUGUAAUUUUUCGCAAUUCUAAUUCUUUUUAACCCAUGGACAUUUCGCUAUAGCUACUUUACGCCAUGUGAAGCUGUGGCUGGUACCAAUUCAACCUUGUGGAGGACAUGACAGUUACUUCGGCUGAAUAAAAUAAGACGACUGGCCUACCUGUGCAGCGGUACGUUGCGGAAGGUUAUUCGUAAAGGCAAAGAUUGCGCCCAACACCAUGACGGAACACCAGGAGCAGAAUGACGAGGGAGUCCUCAUCUCAACACAGGACCUGGAGACCUCAAAACACCAGGAUACUCAAGGAGGCCAUCCACAGUUCAGGUUGAUUGACGACCUAUCAUAUGAAGAUGUGAAGAAAUGCUACAGGGGUUCGACUGUCAGCAAGUACAACUCGCAGUACCACAAACUCUUCCAGUGCGUUCCGAAGGACGAGAUCCUAAUGAAAGUAUACUCCUGCGCUCUGCUCCGAGACAUCCUGCUGCAAGGCCGUCUUUAUAUCUCCAGGAACUGGCUGUGUUUCUAUGCCAACCUCUUUGGCAAGGACAUCAAGGUUGCUAUCCCCGUGGUCUCUGUGAGGCUGGUAAAGAAGCACAAAACAGCAGGUCUGGUGCCCAACGGCCUAGCCAUCACCACAGAUACCAGUCAGAAGUAUGUCUUUGUGUCUCUGCUGUCCAGGGACAGUGUGUAUGAUGUGCUCCGGAGGAUCUGCACACACCUUCAGGUCAAUGGGAAGAGUCUGAGCUUGAAACACUACAUGGAGGUUCCCCAUACCUUAUCUCUGGAUGAGUUCCCGGUGGUGGAUGAGUUCCCGGGGGCGGAUGAGUAUCCUCCGGUGCUGAAGUGGAGGAGAAAACCCUCUGUGGUGUCCGUGUCCUCGUCCCUCCCUGACCUCCUGGGUAGCUCAACCGGUAGUCUGACUGCGGUGGACUCCUCCUUCCAGCCAGACCAGCCUCUGGAAGACCGGGGCUUAGAGACAGAGAAGAUCCUACUAACAGAGCCUGUUCCAGAGCUGGGCCCGAUGGAAUAUCAGCUUCUCAAGUUCUUCAUCAUACUAAUCAUCCUCCUCAUCCUGUCUUCCUGUUACCUGGCCUUCCGUGUCUGCAGCCUGGAGCACCAGCUGUCCUUCCUCAACAACCCAACACGCCCCCCCCGAGAGAGGAUUUUACUUCACUGUAGACUAGAAGAGGGCAAACCCCCAACUCCACCAUUUUGUUGUAGGUCAAAGACAAUGGCAGGUGAAAGACAAUGGGCAGGCCGAUUGAAGAGCCAGAAAACUACACUCAAACCAAUUGUGGAUGGACUGAAAAGCCCGGGAUUGGUGGAAAUGGUUGGGAGUCAGGACUGGGAAGGACUCUGAUUGGUGGAGGGAUUGGUCUGAUGGUUUUUAUUGAAGAUUUCUGGACAUGUUCACCAACAUUAGAGUCAACUGUGUUUUUUCCCUCCUGUCAACUUAACCAGGAAUGAACUACAGGACUUCAGAGAAAAGUGUGUGUGUGUGUUACUUUCAAGGAAAGGAUUUGGAUGCAUUAACACACUGACAGUGGAAGAAGCCAAUAUCGUUGGCUUUACAGAUUUUUUUUUUUUAAAUGAACUUAUGAGGAUCAGUCUACUAUUUCAAAUGUUCAUCAUCAUCAAUGAAGUCUAACUAUGUUGCCAUUCUAACAGGCAUGUUAUUCCUGGUAAACAGUGCAAUACAAUUAUGCAAAGUAUCCAGCCUAGACUCACUUUUUAAAUGUUGAAAUAUUGUCCUUUAACUCUGUUUGUGUUAUCAUGACACCACAGGUAUAUGUUUACCAAAAUGGGUAGGAUGGUACUCUUUCAUGUCUGAAAAAUAUUGUUUGGUAUAACAUCUUGUCUUUUGUUUUAAUUUGUAUAAAUGCCAGUUGUCAGCUUUGUAUUGUAAGCUACCUUUAGCCAGACACAAUGUGUCACAGUGAGUGAUCAGUCUCCUAUCUAAAUACUGGACACAGUCGUCUGAAUGAGUAAACAAUGAAGACAUUGACUGAAGUGAAAAAUAAGAAGAGUAUGUUUUCUUUAUUACACUAAACUUUAAAGUUAAAUCUGCAUUUCAGUCGGGAAGAAAACUAGCCAAAGAUUUAUAGUCCUUUUACUCAGAAUGUCUGAACAGAUGCAUUAGGAACAAACACCCCACAUUGACUAUUACAGUAAUAUUGUUGAGGAAACAGAACUCCAGUAUGUAGGGUAUACUUUACUACUAUUACCAUUAGUAUGUCUUAUCUGGUCUGUUUUUACGUCUAAACACAUCUGCAGCUAUGUAAUAGUGGUCACUGAUCUUCAGUCAAUGGUGAAAGAACAAACUGUCCCUGUAGGCUCUGAGUACAGAUGAACACUGUAGCACCCCUGAACAACCCAUUACAAGACUAACACUGUACAACAUAACUGUGAAGGUUACUAAUAAACAGCCAUUUGAUCUUGA